AUGGCUACUCUAUUGACGACUGUAAAAGCUCCCAUUUUAGGGGAAAAUGGUGAUCAUAGUAUCCAAUCUGUUCGCAAUUUCUCUCGUAGUUCCAUUAACACGCAUCCACGAACCCUAAAGGAAGCUUUUGGUUCGCUUACAAGCAGUCUCAUUGACCAAGACACACGUUAUAACAAUUGUUUGGAUGAUGCUUAUUCGUUAGUUCUUGAGCGCUGUUCCACAAAUGAAUCUUUGUUACAAGUUAAGCAAGUUCAUGCCCAUGUCUUGAAGUCUAGAUUUGUACAUGAUAGGAGGUUUUUAAGUACUAAGCUUGUGUUUGCCUAUGGGAAAUCUGGGUCCAUACUGGAUGCUCAGAAAAUGUUUGAUAAAAUGUUUGAAAGAAGUGUUUUCACAUGGAAUGCUUUGAUUGGAGCUCAUAUGACAAAUAGAGAACCUAUUGAGGCUAUUCAAUUGUUUUCUGAUAUGAAUGCGUUGGGAAUUCCUGCUGAUGCUAGUACUUAUACGUCGAUUCUUAAGGCUUGUGGGGAGCUCGAAAAUCGUUGUUAUGGGGUUCAAGUUCAUGGCUUGUCCAUUAAAUUGGGUUUGCUUUGUAAUGUGUAUGUAAGCAAUUCAUUAAUGGGAAUGUAUGCAAAGUGCAAUGAUUCAAAUUCAGCAAUGGUGGUGUUUGAGAGCAUGAGUGAUGAAGCCAAUGUGGUAUCAUGGAAUUCGAUUAUUUCAGCUUAUUCUGCUGCUGGGAAAUCUGCAGAGGCAUUGAAGUUGUUCAGAGAAAUGCAGAUAUCCAGGGUUGUGCCGAACACUUACACUUUUGUUGCCACGCUUCAAGCUUGUGAAGAGCUGUCAUAUAUGGUGUUUGGCAAGGAACUUCAUGCAUUUCUUUUGAAAUCUGAUCUUUAUUUCGAUAUGUUUGUGGCAAACGCAUUGCUUGUUAUGUACACAAAGGGUGGCAAAAUGAAAGAAGCUGCAAGAAUUUUCUAUGCCAUGGAUGAAAAGGAUAGUAUUACAUGGAACUCUUUGCUAUCAGGAUUUGUUCAAAAUGGUCUUUAUGAUGAAGCUGUGGCUGCAUUCCACAGAAUGCAGGUUGUGGGUCAAAAACCUGAUCAAUAUUCGAUUAUAAGCAUGAUAUCAACUGUUGGUCGUUUGGGAAGUUUGUCGAAUGGUCUCGAACUUCAUGCAUAUGCUAUCAAAAAUGGGAUGGACUCUGAUUUGCAGGUCUGUAACACGCUUAUUGAUAUGUAUGCGAAGUGUUGUAAAAUGAACUAUGCAGAUCCCGUUUUCGAGAGGAUACGGUGUAAAGAUGACAUUUCUUGGACGACCAUCAUUGCAGGCUAUGUCCAGAAUGGAUGUCAUUCAAGGGCAUUAUCGUUAUUCCGUGAAGCUCAAAUGAAAGGAAUCGAAAGUGAUUCUGUGUUGAUUUCUAGCAUUCUGCAAGCUUGUAGUGAGUUGAUGUGUCAUUCUGUUGUGAAAGAAAUCCAUAGUCGUAUAAUACGAAAAGGGUUAUAUGAUAUAGUCCUUCAGAAUACACUCACCAAUACGUACGGGAAGUGCGGAUGCAUAGAUUACGCCUCUCGUGUUUUUGAACUUAUUAGUGUAAAAAAUGUUGUUUCUUGGACAAUCAUGAUGUGUUGUCUAGUUCAAAAUGGAUUUUCAAAUGAAGUUUUUGACGUUUUUACGUCCAUGAAAGAAACAGGAAUCGAGCCUGACUCAAUUGCACUCCUCAGCUUACUCUCUGCGGCUGUGGAUUUAUCUGCAUUACGAAAAGGAAAAGAGAUUCAUGGGUACAUAAUACGAAAAGGGUUCAUUCUCCAGGGUCCAAUUUCAAGUUCUCUUGUUGAUAUGUAUGCCUCAUGUGGAGCUUUGAAUGAUUCAUUUAAGGUGUUUAGUUGCAUUCAAGUCAAAGAUUUAGUCUUGUGGACUAGCAUGAUCAAUGCAUACGGAAUGCACGGGCUCGGAAAGGAAGCGGUUCGCUUAUUUAACCAAAUGGUGGCCGAGAAUGUUCUUCCUGAUCAUGUAAGUUUCUUGGCAAUUCUUUAUGCUUGUAGCCAUUCAUCAUUGAUUAAUGAAGGAAAAUCCUUUUUCAAAUCGAUGGUACAUGAUUACGCUCUGGAUCCAUGGCAAGAGCACUUUACUUGUAUGGUUGAUCUUCUUGGUCGUGCAAACAACUUAGAAGAAGCAUUCAUGUUCGUUAGAAACAUGGAAACGAACCCAAAUGUUGCUAUUUGGCGUUCGCUUCUUGGUGCAUGCAAGAUGCACUCUAACUUAGAAUUAGGCAACUUUGCAGCCAAAAAACUUCUUGAAUUAGAUUCAGAGAAGAUGAAGAACUUUGUUCUUGUAUCAAAUUUCUAUGCGUUGUGUGGCCGAUGGGAUGAUGUUGAUUACUUAAGAACUAAAAUGAGGCAACAGGGUUUGAAGAAAGAUCCCGGUUGUAGCUGGAUUGAGAUUGGGAACAAGAUUCAUGUUUUUACUGUUAGGGACAAGUCUCAUCCAGAAUCCGAUGAGAUUUACAACAAAUUAGCUCAAAUUAACGAUACCAUUAAGAGGAAAGGAGGCUAUGUAGCUGAAACUAAGUACAUUUUGCACGAUAUAGAACAGAAAGACAAAGCAGAAAUGCUUAAUGGGCACAGUGAAAGACUGGCUAUUGCUUAUGGAUUACUUAAAACCACCAAAGGAACGCCAAUUCGUAUCACAAAGAACCUUCGUGUGUGUGACGAUUGUCAUACUUUCAGCAAGCUUGUUUCAGAGUAUUUUGAACAAGAAAUUAUCGUUAGAGAUGCUAACAGAUUCCAUCAUUUUGGCUUCGGAGUAUGCUCUUGUGGAGACUUUUGGUAAACAAAUCGCAAUACCAUAGGGGUCUUUUAGUCACUCGUUUGUGGUUAUCACUGCGAUAUAAGGAACUGAUCUCGUUACAUAAGAUCAAUGGACGAUUUCGCUUCUUUUUGGUCCUUGAAACUCUUAAAGAAGCUAACCCAAAGUGGCAAGAUUCUUCAAGAAGUUACAACCUAAGCCAUGGAUUUGAAUCUUUUUACACUAUGGUUCAGGUUUGUUCUUUCAAGACUGGUGAAUUAGCAACAAAUAGCACUAACCAUACAUUUUACACUUCUCAGGCCCUACAAAUUUAUUGGGUUCCUCCUGUUUGGUUGCGGUUAUGUGUUAUUUUAGGUACAUCCAAAGUGAUGACAUGAUCUUGUUAUGGGGUGUGUCAUAUGAAGUUGCAAAAGGCCCAUUUGUGACAAUCCCGAUAGGUACAUUACUUACUAUUACAACGGGAUCUGGAGGGUAAGAUAUGUGCAGUCCUGACAUCUACUACUUUAAAAAGGUACAUUACUUAAGAGGUUGUUUGGUUGGUUUUUC